UCAUCACAAGCCAGUUGUUCUCUCGCCCUGGAUCACUGGGGUCACAUAAAUCCCUUUUUUCGUUUUGUCCUCUUAUCGGGCGCGAAUCAGGGCCCCAGAAAUUGCAACAAAAAUCCCUGCGUUUUGAGGCGUCGGGUUGGUGGAUAAGUCAAAGAUGUUGUGAGCCUUACGCGAGGAACGAAGAGAUUUGGGAUCAGAAACUGGGUUUCUGAACUGGGAUUCUCUCAGAAAUGGCGGAGCCCUAUCUUAUGGCUUCUCAUGGGUACCCUCCUGGUCUUCUGUUUCACCCUGAUCAGGGCUCGCCCAGGGUCUCCAAGGAUGUUCAAGUCCCAUGGCAUAGCUCUGGAACAAGAUAUGACACAAUAAGAUUGGAUACCUUUAAUGUGAGGCCAAAUCGAAGUGAGGAGCUAUGGGAAUCCACGAGUGGAUUUCCAAACACUGCGCAGUUUGCCAAGGCUAACUCAACCAUUACAAGGCCUGUACUUGUUGAUGUGCAAGACACUCAACCCAACUCAAUAUUGUUCAGCUUUGGGGUUGCUGAACAAUGUACAAGGCAUGAUAAAAUCAUGAAGUUCCUCAUGUCUGGGUCAGAGGAAGUAGAGGGAGGCAGUCUGGACAUGUCAAUGCUGUCUGAUUUAAUGGGACUUCAAGUAUGGACAAUCCAUAAUAUUGAACCAAACCCAUUUGCCCCUAGUUCCGGACCUUGUGGUCGCAGUGCUGGAGCUCAGCCUUACCUUAUUUACCCUGGCAGUGAAUUUAAUUCCCAGAGGCCUCUUUUGGAGCUUGUUGGCGAUCUGGCCCACAGAUCAGAUGUUACAUUUCACCCAAAUGGCCAAAUCUCUAGCAAUGAGUUGAAGGACAUACUUUCAAUCAUUGCUGAGUAUUACCUGUCAAAGAACUCUACUGAAGGGAAACGACAGUCAGUUCUUAUCCCACAUUUUAACUGGUUAGAUAGCGGUGUAAGGGCCAAUGUUCCCGAGUCUAGUGCGGUGCUGGAAAAUGUGAAAUUUGCUCCUUUAAAGAGUCCUGAUAAAAUCAAGCUCAGGCCAUCACCAAGGAAGAGGACCAACAAGAAAGCAAAAGAGAGGGAUCUUUACAGAAAGAACUACUUCCAUGCAUGCGAGAGCCUUCUGUCAAUAAUUAUUAACAAGAGGCAUAACGAGAAAACUGCUUUCCUUUCGCUCAAGAAAUCCGGGCCUGAAGUACCGCAGCUCCUGACGCAGUUCUCAGCCAGCAUUGCAGGAACUGGGCUCGCUGUUCUUUUCUCCGUCAUGUGUAAAGUAGCUUAUAGCAGGGUACCGUUCUGUGCCUCCAGACUCCUCAGCACCAGCAUUGGGUUUGGACUGGUAUGGUUGUCUUCUGCGGUAAAUAGACUGAGGGACACAGUCGUCCACGUCAGUAAAAACUCAGGUAAACUGAAGCUUAAAGAAGAGGAAAUGAUGAAGAAGCUGGACAAAUGCGUGAACCAAAUCUUCUUCCGAGCUGCAACUUUGAUGGCAAUAGCAGUGCUGAAGCUUGCUUGACUGACUUAACACGGUAAGAUAGGGAGGGGGCCAUGGGGGAAUAAUUAAUGAGAUGUGAAAAACGCUUUCGAAGGAACCCGUUGAGGCUUUGUGCAGAUUUCUGAUUCUGAGUUGAGCUUCGAACAUUUGAUGAGACCGAUCAAGUAAGUUUUGUGAAGGUAAAGUUUUGUUAAUUGGAAUGUAUAUUAACUAGUGACUAGUGCGAUACAAAAGGACCUCAUAAUGUCUUCUGCAUGGUGUAAAAAUCAAAGUUUUUCUCUGCUCA